CAAGCGCCAAGCAAAGUGAAAACCCGAAAUUUCAGUCGCUUUGGCGCGAAUUUUGCAAAGCUCUUCUUCCUCAAGCUCGCGUCUCGAUUCCUUUACCAGAGAAGUUACCUCGAACGCCAUAGCUUCUGCUCUCAACACUCAAGCGCGUUUAAGCAGGAAUUACUAGUAGAUUGAGAAAUGAAGUUUAAGGCAUAUCUAACUGAUAAUGGGGUAAAUCUUCUGGAGAAGAGGUUUCUACCUGCCCUAGACAAGAUGGGCAAGAUAUGUCAUUUCUAUUUGACUAGAGAUUAUGUUAUCUUCCUGCAUAACCUUCUUAAUGGUGAUGGAAUUCAAUCAAUUGCUCAGUUUCGUAAAGAAGCUUUGUUUGAUGAUUACCGAAUCUCCAGCCAGAAUGAUGAUCGCAUUGCAUUUACCAUAGACAUUUCCCUUCUCCACCGUGCCGUUCGUAGUAGUGUUAGCAUCUGUUGUUCUGAAUUCGGUAAUGGUCCAACAGGAAAUCGUCUCCAAAUAAAGUUGGUGAAGAAGUUGCCUCUGAAUUGCACCCAACCAAUGCCUUUCCUUACAUUUGAGACUAAAGGUUAUAAGUCUGCUGUCAUUCAGGAUGUACCAAUCUCAAAGCCCAUGUCAAGAGCUCAAGUUCUUGAACUUCAAACUGCUCUAGAUAUGGCACAAGAUUUGCCUCAGACGCUUGUGCAGGUUCCUGAUCUUAACCAGUUACAGAACUUUGUGGAUCGAAUGAAGAAUGUUGGGGAUUUGCUGAAUGUCUCCAUAAGCAAGUAUGGUGAUUUACAUGUGCAGAUUUCUACUACGUUGAUUACCCUUGGUGCUGAGUAUCGAAAAUUAUUUGUCAUAGGGGAACAAGCAAAUGCUCCAGCUGAAGAUCAAAAUCUAAGUGCUCAGACUAGAUCAACCAGGGCAGUAUUGAGGGGGGAUGCUCAAUCUGUACAGGUGAGUGUGAAGCACUUUGCCAAGAGUCUUCAGUAUCACUUGGCCAAGCCAGAUUGCACUUUCUAUGGCAUUGCUCCUCAGGGUGCUUGCUUGACGGUGAUAUUUCAGUUCUUCAUUCCUGGCUCUCGACAGACUGAUAAAUCAAUCAGUCUACAUUGCCGGCUUCCUGUUCUUGACCCUGGAACAAGUUAAAUUGUGAUUUCCUUCUCUCACGUUGGC